CUCCGUGUGAGGGAUGUGAGCGACAUUUUUAGCAUCAUCGGCUAACCCGCACGGAUAACGGCCACGCUUGGACCCAACACGGGAAACUCGACGGACAAAACUCAUUUGGAAAGCUACAAAUCAUCUUUCGGGGAGGAGCGAGCUCUCGAAAAACAAGCAUCAUGUUGUCACUGCAGCUCCACCGGAGUAGAAAAUAUGAAAGAGGAUAAAAACCAAAACCAAAACAAAACAAAAAAAAAAAAAAACCCGGGUUUUCUCGACCCCCUCCGCCUCCCGACACCGCCUCUGGAUUAAGCCCCCGCCUUGAAACUCCCAACAAGAAGGCCAAACUUCAAAAGAGGCCGUCGGAGGGGGGUGGGGGGGGCGGCUUCACAAAGGAUUUGCCGACGUUCGGGAAUUCCGCCUCCGCUUCCUUUUAUAGCAGCAGCCCCCCCGUGGCCACGCCCAUCCGCGCACAAAGUCCUCUGUGACGAAGGCCAGACUCCGCCCACAUCGCCAAAUUAGGCUCGCCUGCCCAUGUAGGGCAAACAAUCGGCGCGCGAGUGCCCCUUUUUCUCUUCCUCGUCGGGUUUAUACGAUCGGAGAGGCUCGGCGAGGCAGGUCGGAAGCGGUGCGAACAUGGCCGAGCGAGUCCAGCAGCCUCCAGCCAAGCGGCUCUGCUGCCGGCCCGGCUACAACCCGGCGUGUAGGCAGGGGCAGCGGGCUGGAGGAGUUCUGUGUGGCGGCGGCGGCGGCGGUUCGGGCUCCGCGGCGGGGCAGAGCGGAAAGACGCACAACCCGGAGUCGCUGCUCGACAUCGCGGCUCGCCGAGUGGCCGAGAAGUGGCCUUUCCAGAGGGUGGAGGAGCGCUUCGAGCGGAUCCCGGAGCCCGUCCAGCGCCGGAUCGUGUACUGGUCGUUCCCGCGGAGCGAGAAGGAGAUCUGCAUGUACUCGUCGUUCAACGCCGGGGCCGAGGAGAGUGGAAGUAGCGGGGACAAUAACGACGAGACUCAGCUGCCUUUCCUGCGAGGUGUCACCCUGCUGGAGGGCGGCUGGGUGGACAACGUACUGCAAGUCGGUUUCCACCUGAGCGGCACGGUGACAGACCCCGCCACACCCUCGUCCCCGGAACUCGUGUGCAGCGUCAGCGUCAGCUUCGACCGCUGCAAGAUCACGGCGGUCACGUGCACCUGCGGCAACAAGGACAUCUUCUACUGCGCCCACGUGGUGGCGCUGUCGCUUUAUCGGGUCCGCAAGCCCGAGCAGGUCAAACUGCACCUGCCCAUCUCGGAAACCUUGUUCCAGAUGAGCCGCGACCAGCUGCAGAAGUUCGUCCAGUAUCUGAUCUCGGUCCACCACACCGAGGUGUUGCCCACCGCCCAGAAACUGGCCGACGAAAUCCUGUCGCAGAACUCCGAGAUCAACCAGGUCCACGGAGCACCGGACCCCACGGCGGGGGCCAGCGUGGACGAUGAGAACUGCUGGCACCUGGACGAGGAACAAGUUCAGGAGCAAGUCAAGCUUUUCCUGUCCCAGGGAGGAUACCACGGCUCGGGCAAACAGCUCAACCUGCUCUUCAGCAAGGUGCGAGAGAUGCUGAAGAUGCGCGACUCCAACGGAGCGAGGAUGUUAACGCUGAUCACGGAGCAGUUCAUGGCCGACCCUCGGUUGGCGCUGUGGAGACAGCAAGGCACCACCAUGACGGACAAGUACAGACAGCUCUGGGACGAACUGGGCGCCCUGUGGAUGUGCAUCGUACUGAACCCGCACUGCAAGGCGGAGCAGAAGUCGUCGUGGCUGCGGCAGCUGCGCCGGUGGAACAGCGUGGACGUUUGCCCCUGGGAGGACGGAAACCACGGCAACGAGCUGCCCAACCUCACCCACUCGCUGCCUCAGGGUGCCCACGGCAACCAAGAGAUGCGCCCCCACAGGACCGUGUUCACGCGGGCCAUCGAGGCCUGCGACCUGCACUGGCAGGACCGCCACCUCCAGCACAUCAUCGCCAGCGACCUCUACGCCAACUACUGUUACCACGACAACCAGGAGGGCUCCCUCUUUGACGCGCGCGGCUGGCCGUUGUGGCACGGUGAGCGCAAUAUAAAAGAAGAACAAGUUGCGCCAAUGGAUGUUGGCGUAAAUUUUGUCUUUCUCUCGCGCGUCGUCUUAGAACACGUGCCAACGGCCUGCGCCAGGGUGGAUGCUCUGCGAUCCCACGGUUACCCGCGAGAAGCACUCCGACUGGCCAUCGCCGUGGUGAACACGUUACGGCGGCAACAGCAGCGGCAACUCGAGCACUUCCGCCGGCACAAGAAAGAGUUGCUCCACAAAGGCCACACCUCCAUCACCAACAUGGAGGGCUGGGUGGGGCACCCGCUCGAUCCCAUCGGCACCCUCUUCAGCACCCUGACUGAGUCGGGACGGGCGGGAGAGGAGGGGUCCAAUAUCUGCUUGGAUCUCUCGGCUACACGAGAGGAUCAGAAUGUGAAACGCCUCCCGCCGUCGUGCCUCUUCGCAGACUGCUCCAGCGUGGUGACCCGGGCGGACCUCCAGCGGAUGCCCGUGCAGAGGCUGCUGGGCGACGGCGAGUCGUACGUGGCGCUGGCGGUGGAGACGGCUCUGAUGGGCCUGGGCCAGCAGCGGGUCAUGCCCGACGGCCUGUACGCUCAGGAGAAGGUGUGCCGCAACGAGGAGCAGCUGCUGGCCAAGCUUCAGGAAGUCGAACUGGACGAUUCGCUGGUCAAGAUCUUCCGCAAAGAGGCCGUCUUUCUGCUCGAAGCCGGGCCGUACUCGGGCCUCGGGGAGAUCGUCCACCGAGAGAGCGUCCCCAUGCACACCUUCGCCCGCUAUCUCUUCACCUCCCUCCUACCUCACGACGCUGAACUGGCGUACAAAAUUGCACUGAGAGCCAUGCGGUUGCCCGUGUUGGAGUCGACGGCGUCAUCCGGCGACCUGUCCCGGCCGCACCACAUCGUGUCGGUGGUGCCCAACCGCUACCCGCGCUGGUUCACCCUCAGCCACAUCGAGUCUCAGCAGUGUGAGCUGGCCUCCACCAUGCUCACCGCCGCCAAAGGUGACAGUCGCCGGCUGGAGACGGUCCUGGAGUCCAUCCAGAAAAAUAUCCACUCGUCGUCUCACAUCUUCAAACUGGCGCAGGACGCGUUCAAGAUCGCCACUCUGAUGGACAGCUUGCCCGACAUCACGCUGCUCAAAGUUGCUCUGGAGUUGGGACUGCAGGUGAUGAGAAUAACGUUGUCCACGUUGAACUGGAGGCGGCGGGAAAUGGUGCGCUGGUUAGUCACAUGUGCCACUGAAGUUGGCGUGUACGCGCUGGACAGCAUCAUGCAGAGCUGGUUCACCCUGUUCACGCCCACCGAGGCCACCAGCAUCGUGGCCACCACGGUCAUGUCCAACAGCACCAUCGUGCGCCUGCACCUGGACUGCCACCAGCAGGAGAACCUGGCGUCGUCGGCGCGCACGCUGGCCCUGCAGUGCGCCAUGAAGGACCCCCAGAACUGCGCCCUGUCGGCGCUGACGCUCUGCGAAAAGGACCACAUUGCCUUCGAGACAGCCUACCAGAUUGUACUGGACGCCGCCGCCACGGGGAUGAGCUACACGCAGCUGUUCACCAUCGCGCGCUACAUGGAGCACCGCGGCUACCCCAUGCGGGCGUACAAGCUGGCCACGCUGGCCAUGGCGCACCUGAACCUCAGCUACAACCAGGACACGCACCCGGCCAUCAACGACGUGCUGUGGGCCUGCGCGCUCAGCCACUCGCUGGGCAAGAACGAGCUGGCCGCCGUCAUCCCGCUGGUGGUGAAGAGCGUCAAGUGCGCCACGGUGCUCUCGGACAUUUUGCGCCGGUGCACGCUGACCACGCCGGGCAUGGUGUCGGCGCUGCACAGCCGGCGGAACUCGGGCAAGCUCAUGUCGCUGGACAAGGCGCCGCUCAGGCAGCUGCUGGACGCCACCAUCGGGGCCUACAUCAACACCACGCACUCGCGCCUCACGCACAUCAGCCCGCGCCACUACAGCGAGUUCAUCGAGUUCCUGGGCAAAGCGCGCGAGACCUUCAUGAUGGCGCACGACGGACACAUCCAGUUCACGCAGUUCAUAGACAACCUGAAACAGAUCUACAAGGGCAAAAAGAAACUCAUGAUGCUGGUGAGGGAGCGCUUCGGCUGACCCCCCCCCCCCCCCCCCCGGACUUUUUGUACCCACUCGAGUCUGCCUUUUUCUUUUCUCUCUUUUUUUUUUUGUGAACUUCCGGGAAAGAAAAAGAAAAAAAAGAGGAGGAGGAGAGGACGUCGAAACCAAGCGGAAAAGGAAAAAACAAACUCCACAGAGCCACACGCGGUAUUAUUGUUCUUGCUGUUGUUCUCGUUACAAACAUUAUCACUAUUAUUAUUAUUAUUAUUGAUAAUAACAUUAUUACUACUACUACGUGUACAGAAGUGUUUUUCUUUUUUUUUUCCCCACGAGAGAGGAAAUUUGUCACGUUGUGAAUGUCGUGCAUCUGCGUGCGUGUGAAAGGAGAUUUUGACGUUCAUUGCUUUAUUUCUUUCCAAACAUUUUUUUUUUUCUUCUCCGUUCUCUUUUAAGUUGUACAGCUGCAUCUCAAAUCCUUUUCAAUUUCAUUUCAUUAGUUCAAUUCAAAAAUGUUCUCUGAUUAGGUACAUUUUUAAUAAUUUGGAAGCUAUGGGAGUAUCUAAAAAAAAAACUAUAACAGGGGUCCGGCAAUAUUAGUUGCAUGAAUUUAUCAUUCUCCUAUUUUUUAAAAUUUAGCUCUGUAAUUGAUUUUUUUCAUGAAUAAUACCUAAAAAAAAUAUCAGCCAUAUCAACAGUUUUACAAUUUUGAAAAAUCAACUAUUUUACAGGCGGCACAGUGGAGCAGUUGGUAAAGCAUUGGCCUUGCAGUUCCAAGGUCCCAAGUUCGAUCCCGGCCUCGGCUGUGUGGAGUUUGCAUGUUCUUCCCGUGCUUGCGUGGGUUUUCUCCGGGUGGGCAGUCCGGUUUCCUCUCACAUCCCCAAAACAUACAACAUCAAUUGGACACUCUAAAUUGCCCCUAGGUGAGAUUGUGGGUGUGGCUGUUUGUCUCCAUGUGCCCUACCUCAAAAAUAUCAGCCCAACAAAACAAUUUGACAAUUUUUAACACAUUUAGCGUCACCUCAUCUACAACUGACGUGGCCCAAUCAUUUGGAAACAUAAAUGUUGCCCUUGAGCACAAUUGUUCCUAUAAAGUUUCACUUUUUGAAUUGAACUACUGCAAGUACUUAUAUUUCAAUAUUCCAAUGUAUCCAGAUGCACCUGAAUGUGGCACAGUAGCGCUCGUGUUAUGAAAAAAAAAAAGGUAUUUUUAAAAAUCCUCAGAAGAGAAACUAAGGCUUUAAAACACACACACACACACACACAGGAAGCACCUCCCCUUUUGGCCCCCGGCCCCCCAACGGGGGCGCCAGGCAGCACUGCACAGCUUGGGGAGAAAAAAGAAAAAAGCUGCCAUCAGCAUUUUUGGAGCACUUGAGCAAGCCGUUAGUUUUCUCUUUGCGCCGAUAUGCACGAGCACGCUCUGAGAGCCCCCACCUGCGUAAUGUGAGGCGAGCGGCACGGUAGACGCAAUCGAACCCGGAUCGUACAUUGCAGCCGACGUACGGCAGUAACGUACGUCGGCGUCAUCGAAGUCCGUUACAAUGGACACUGUCAGAGAGGUUUUUGUGUUGCUUAAGGUUUCAUAUCGUGACUUGCAUUAAUUGAGCUGAUUCCAAUAUUUUUGGUCCAUUACGGCGGUUUUUUGUUCAGGUACACAUGAAAAAUUAUUGGAGAUGAUACGCUACUAGUGCACAGAUAUGAUGAGAAUAAUUGAUGAUAGCGUGAAAGAAAUUUGUCAUCAUUUUUUUGUCGCUUGAUUUUGAUGAUCUCGUCUGCUGAUCCAGUUUGGGUUGGAUUGGACGGAGAUGCGCUCAUUCUGCCUUUCAAAGCAAUUUGUGCAUCGCAUCGCUGUCCGAUAUGAAAAGCAGCUGGAGUGGACCCCAUCAUGCUCGCGGUUCAACACCCACAAAUUAUUUUUGUCAAUUUUUUUUUAAAUGUUCUUUUCAACUUAAGGAUUUCAUUUUUUUCCUUCCAUUUUUUUGCGUUAUUUUUCUUUUAACUUUGGGACAGCUCCAAAAACACUUUUUACUGCUUUAUCCCCACUUAUAAAUAUUUUUUUGUGGGGUGGAUUGAAAAUAAUUGCACGUUUUUUUUUUUUUUAAUGAAAGAAUAAAUUGUGCCAUUGGCUGGCAACUACUUCAGGGUGUGCCCCCACCCCACCACCCCCUGCCCGAAAAUCACUGGGAUAGGCUCCAGGAUAUGUGGCUAAUAUGAAAAAAAAAAAAAAAAAGUUGCCUUUUGGUUAAAAAUAACUGAAAUCCAUGAUGCCCUCUAGUGGAUGUGGGCAGCAAGUGCUCACAAGUGUUUUGAGGUCAUGCCAGGGCAGCCAGGGCAUUGCCCCCUGGCGCAAGGAAGCUUAACUUCUAUUCUCUUGGUUAAAAAAAUAGCAGAUGUGUUCCAAAAAAAUAUACAUAUAUUUUUUGUUUUGGAGCCCCUAAAGGGUCAUUGGAAAAAAGAAAAAAAAAAAAGGUUUCUCAUUUUAAUGAGUAAUUUUCUCAUUGUAAUGAGUAACUGACUCAUGUGUCAGUUACUCAUUGUAACUCAUGAGUAAGUUACUCAUUACAAUGGGAGUGUCAAAAAACGGCUACCUAUGGGUCGUAGCUUAUUUACCUGCUAGCGGUAGCUUCCUGAAUAAGGAAUAAGGGUCUUUUGUACAUGCACACAUGCAAUGGACUAGUUUCUCAUUACAAUGAAAAAGCUUUUUUUUUUUUAAAUUGUCCCUUUAGGGGCUCCGUAAAACAAUUUACAAAUCUGGGGUUAUAUUUUGUUGUUUUUGUAGAAUUACUAUGUGUUUUUAAUCCAAAAAACAAAUUUGACAAACAAAAACUAUCUCAUGUUCUUUUCUGAAUCUUUCUUGUUUUUUUUUUUCAUUCGUUCGUUGAUUAUUAUAUGACGAUAUUACACGUGAUCACAUCUUGCAUUCAAAACAGUUACAAUCUACAUAUUGUAGCAAACGAAAAAAAAGUACAGCCAGUGGAACGUGGGGAAAAUAUUGCCAUCAAUUUCUGCGCGUUGCACAAAAUGCAAUCAGCUUGUCAAGGGACUGAAGCCUGAAAACCAAACCGACUUUGAAAUGUGUUGAAGAUGCAAAAAAAAAAAAAAAAAAAAAUCUCUCUGACAGUGUUGCGACGUUGUUACGUCCGCCGUGCUGAUGGGGGGGGCGACUACCUCAUCCAUGCGGCGUGGAAACGUGCCGUCACCCACCACAUUCAAUCGCUCUCGUCCCUGCCCUCUGAUUGGCUACGAGCAGACGCGUCACUCCCCCCCAUCUCAUUUACGCCAUUUCCUCAAUUUCAUUUUUGUUGUUGUUUGUUUUUGCUCACCCCCGCCCAUCCUUUCUUUAAAUGGCCAGUGUCAUUUGUCCCCACCCCCUCUGCGUGUGUCAUAGAAAUGAGACUUUCUACUGUUUAAAAAAAAAAAAAAAAAAAAAAUGUGUGCAAGCUCCAUUAAUUGUCCACCGGAACGUUCUCAGGGAUUUCUUCUUUUCCUCCACAAGAAAAAAGAAAAAAGGCGGAACAAAACCAACGACUGACUGCAGGAAAAUGGAAAAACAAACAACAACAACAAAAAACAUGAGCGAGCAUUUAUUGUACUCUGUAUAUAUGCCAUAGUAUAUGUCUGAAUAUGGAGGAUCUGAAAGUAUAUGUUAACUAAUUUAUACAGAGUAUUCUAUGUAAUGUGAAAUACUUGAAGCCGCUGUAGUUUGUUCUCUCUUCUGUCUCCUUUUUCAUUUUCAUUUUUCUUUUCUUUUGGUCAUGUGAUGGAAACAUAUCAGGAGGACAAGACUUCAUUCCUGCUGACUAAAGCGUAAAGACCAGCAAUGGAGGUCAAAAGUACUCACUGGGGGCCAGUAAUUAUUUUUUUUUAUUUUUAUUUUUGUCGCUUUAAUCCAACUUUGAAUUCAUUUCUCAUGCAGUCAAGUCGACAGUCUCAUAUCGUGCACGCCUGUCAACCGAGGUUUCCGUCUUUUAACCACAUUCGUUUGUCUUUUCUUUCAAGUGUGUCUUGACGAAAAAAAAACAGGAAAAAAAAAAUACAAACAAAAAAAAUAAAUAAAAA